GAGACGCGCCCGCGGGCCACUCUGCAGGGACCGCGCUCCGGGGCCCUGCCGCUCUGGGGAUGGAGAGGACGGAGAGGACGGAGAGGUCGGAGGGGAGGGCUCGGAGCUCCUCCAGAGAGGCCCACGGGAGAGGCGGCGGCAGGUCCCCCCACAAGGAGAACAAGAGGGCGAAGGCCGAGCGGGGCGGCGGAGGCCGCGGGCGCCGGGAUGCGGGGCGCGAGCCGCGGGACCCCGGGCGCGCAGGGAGGCCCGCGGAGCCCCGCGCGCCGCCGGCAGCCACCGUGGUGGACGUGGAUGAGGUCCGCGGCUCCUGCGAGGAGGGCACCGAGGUGGUGGCGCUGCUGGAGAGCGAGCGGCCCGAGGAAGGUACCAAGUCUUCUGGUUUAGGGGCCUGUGAGUGGCUUCUUGUCCUCACAUCCCUGCUCUUCAUCGUCGUGACCUUCCCUUUUUCCAUCUGGUUCUGCAUAAAGAUUGUGCAGGAAUAUGAGAGAGUAAUUGUACUCCGACUAGGACAUCUGCUUCCUGGAAGAGCCAAAGGCCCUGGCCUUUUCUUCUUCCUGCCCUGCCUGGAUACCUACCACAAGGUUGACCUUCGUCUCCAGACCUUGGAGAUACCCUUUCACGAGGUUGUGACCAAAGACAUGUUCAUAAUGGAGAUAGACGCCAUCUGCUACUACCGGAUAGAAAACGCCUCUCUCCUGCUGAGCAGUCUCGCUCAGGUGUCCAAGGCGGUCCAGUUCCUCGUGCAGACCACCAUGAAACGUCUGCUGGCGCACCGGUCCCUGGCUGAGAUCCUUCUAGAGAGGAAGAGCCUCGCCCAAGAUGUAAAGGUCGCCUUGGAUUCCGUGACCUGUAUUUGGGGACUCAAAGUGGAGAGAACAGAAAUUAAGGACGUGAGGCUGCCGGCCGGGCUGCAGCACUCCCUGGCUGUGGAAGCAGAAGCGCAGAGACAGGCCAGAGUGCGGAUGAUCGCUGCGGAAGGGGAGAAGGCUGCCUCCGAGUCCCUGCGGAUGGCGGCUGAGAUUCUGUCAGGCACGCCCGCUGCCGUGCAGCUCCGAUACCUCCACACCCUUCAGUCCCUGUCCUCGGAGAAGCCCUCCACCGUGGUGUUACCGCUGCCGUUUGACAUGCUGAAUGUCCUGUCUUCUCCCAGCAGCAGAACUCAAGGAAGCAUCCCCUUCCCGAGUGCUUCCAGACCAGUUGAACCACUGAAUCCUAAAAAGAAAGACUCCCCCAUGUUAUAGGAGGCUCGAAGGAUAAUGAGAAUGUGCAGGGGCCUGCCACGCAACAGCCACGUCCCCGGGUGUCCUCACUUCCCGCCCUUCCUUCGGUCUCCAGGUAGAACGUCCUUGGAAUGUAUGAUGUCACCGUGCACGAGAAGACUGUGACAUCACAUAGUGUCGGAGAAGCCAUGUAUCAAGUUUAAGUGGACCAUCCAGAGUAGUUAUGGGAAAGAGCUUUGGCCAGCCUGCUACUUUGGAAAGGAUUUUGAGUCUACAUAUGGCUAGAGGCAGACUUCUGAAGAUGCGGUUCAAAGGUCCUUGGUGCUGUACGCCCUCCGGCCCUUCGGUGAGGUCUUUGCUGCUCCCAGGCCCCUUCCGCAGGCCCCUGUCAUUGUGCCGUCACACUGGAAUGUGCAGCCCUGUGCUCGGGAUGCAGGCUUCCCUCCCUCUUUACUGCGAACCCAGAGGUACACCUUAGGCAUUUCCCCGACCACACUCAGCCUCGGACAUCCAUCCCAUAGCCUCGCGCCUAAUCCUGAGACCUGCACCAUAGCGACACUUGGAUGUUCCUGAGUGUAAGGAAGAAGUAAGAGAGAUGUACUUGGGCUGCAUAUAAAGAAAGAAUUUAACAGGGAUUUGUUUUAUGGAGACUCCUUUGUAAAUAGAGAAAUAAAGGGACAAAACCAUUGAUCUGAUAGGUGUUGCAUAAAAUCUGAGGAAGCAGCACUAUAAAUACGGGGCUGACGUAUUUUCAGUAUAGAAUUGACCAGCUGCCUUAUUUUUCAAACAGUAAUAACACCAUGUGAUCUAUACAUACCCUGAACUAUUCUUGUCUUAUAUAACAUAGAUACUCCCUGACACGAAUAUAUUUCGGUAAUAUAAUUGCUCUCAUUUUCCAUUAACUUGCCUUAUGCAAAUAGGAAUAUAUAUCAACAGAAAAAAAUUAGCCAAGUAAAUAAGCAUACUGAGAUAUAUAGCAAAUCCUUUAUGAACUUUAAAGAAAUCAAUGACAUUAUAAAACAUUACCAAUGUUACAAACAUAUGACUAAAAGUCAUUGUGUCAGUACAGUGGGAAUUUCGAUGUGGCUGUAACAGAGAAGUGGCGGUAGGCACCCCCGGUGCUCACUGGGUGGUAACCUCUCUCCUUCAAAGCCCCUCCUGACCCUUCCUGCGGUCCGACGCUGUCACUGGAGAUGUUCAUCUGCUAUCCGUCGUGGGAACAUUAAAUAUUCUGCGUAAAAACACCUGUAAACGAGUGUUGUUUAUAAAUGUUAUCUCAUAAAACCCUGCUGAACAUCAUUUCAGAGAGAAAUGUAUUCUGAGCUCCUAACAAUGGCCCUAGAAAGUUUUGUAGCAUUCUUGUGUGGUGAAGACAGGCUGUUGAGGCUAAAUGAAACAAGCCAGUCAGAGCAAGACAAAUACCAUAUGAUCUGACUUAGACUCUAAUGACAAAAUAAACUGAUGAAGAAAACAGAAACAGAAGCAUGGAUAUACGGAACAGACUGACCGCUGUCAGAGGGGAAGGGUGGGGCCGGGGCACCGGAUGAAAGAAGGGGAAGGGAUUAGCCAAAAAACGUACCCGUACACACAGAACCCCCACACGCAGACAGACAGCGGUGUGGUGGUUGCCAGAGGGAGAGGGCGAGGUGGAGGAGGGGGAAGUGGGAUGGAAAGAGGUUUUGCUUGGGAUGGUGGGCGCAUGCUGUAGUGUGCAAAUGAUGUUUUUUAUUGAGUUGUACACUUGAAACCUGUAUGGUUUUCUGAACCAAUGUCACCCCAGAUAAAUAAAUAAAUAAAUAAAUAAAUAAAUAAAU